AUGAACGGUGACCCCUCCAGUAGCGAUCGAGGGAGCAAGGGUGAACGAAACUUCCAGGCCUCCUGGAAUUCUAGGGUCUCCAGCGAUUCUCAGUGCCUUCGUCUUCUUGACGCAGUCCGCCGCGGCGAUGAAGAUGCAGUCCAGUGCCUGUUGGAUGACGGCGCUAAUAUCAGAGCCAAAAAUAUUGAUGGCGAAACGGCUCUCCACGAUGCAGUCAGGAACGGCUCUCUCUCCAUGGUGCAAUUGCUUCUCGACAGGGGCGUCGAUGCUGAAGUUGCCGAUUCAAAGGGAGCCAAGGCCUUGUACAUUGCGGCAGAGACUGGCGACCUUGAGUUGGUCGAACUUUUGCUGCGAUUCGAUGUCGAUGUCGAGUCGUUCAAUCCGGUGGCUCAAAGCACGGCAUUCCACCAGGCCGUUAUUUGUGGGCACCCCGCUGUGGCUGGGCUUCUUUUGGCAAAGGGAGCGGACAUUGAUGCUCUGGUUUGCGAUGGACAUACACCACUACUCAAUGCUGUGAUCCGCAACGAUUUGCAGGCCGUCGAGUUCUUGCUGCAGAAUGGAGCAAAUAAGAAGCUACGUGACGAUGAUGGCCGAAGGAUUGAAGACUUUGCAGUCGAAAAUCCUGCCAUGCUAGCCUUGCUACAAUCCGACCAGCUCCUUCAAGGGCCCGCGAUUACAGGCCCAAAGACCUCCACAAAGCGACAAAUCAGGAUACCACCCCUUUCAUCUGAUCAGCCCAACAAGUUGAAAGCCUGCCAGGGAUUUGAAGGCACUAUUGUUGAUUUUUUCGUGGGCACAACGGAGCAGAGGAUCGAGAAAACGGUGCCGAUCUACGAGCUGCUCUACGGCAAAGGGCCUGACUCCAUAAUGGAUCCAGCCAGUCGAGUGGAGAUUGACGGACAGCAGCCUACAUUCAGAUGGUAUCAUCUACCCGCCAACAAUAUAGAGUGGGUUCAUAUUUUGGUUAAUCGACAUUUCAGCAAUCGGAGUUCUGGUGCUACGAUGCUGGACGAGGAAUUUAAGUCCAAGCUUGCAUUGUCAAACUCCACUCUUCGACAAUAUCGAGUUUCAACGAAGCACUCCUCUUUCAUGAGGCCGCAAUGUCGAGUUGUCAAGUCGAGCCCAGACUCCGAUCCAAACGAUGAAAUAGAUAACAUUGUGCUAUUUCCGCUGAUUUACCUGCAUAUUCCGUUCUUGCAUUUUGAAACAUCUGAAGGAUAUCAUAAAAUGGCCCGGUUUUUAAAGGCUCUAAGCGAGCAAUUCAUACACCAGAGUCAGCCCGCACCAAGCCUGUGGCGCGCUUCUCGACAGCCUAAGAAACGGCCCAGAGAAAGAACCCUGGUGCCUUCUCUCUUGGAUCCGCUUCAAAAUGCUGGCCCCAGCGCGAGUGCCAUUACGUCCUCCGAUUCAUCGGACUCUACCCAGAGGACAUUUACACACACAAAGGGAAAGUUACGCUCAGCAUUUGAAAAUCUAGCCGAUGUAAUGAGACGAGGGUUACAUCGAGGUCCAAUAACAAAGGAUUCAUCCUCGGGCCAUGAGGAUGACAUAGAGAAAGGCGAUCACCCUGGAGGCGACACGAAAGAUUUUGCUGAGGCAAUUGCGUCUUCACAAAGGGAUCAAUUAUUUGGGCCAACCUCGUCUUCGAAUGAGAAGCUGACUGCUGAAAAUGAGGCUGCGACGGUUAUCUCCAAUGCUGAGAGCACUAAAGCCUCAAAAAUGGCUGGUAAUGACCGUGGAAAGACUGGGAACUCUCUAUCUCCGAGCGAAAAGCCAAGUGCUGCAAACAACACAGCCAAAACGGCCAUCUCAAAUGUUAGGAGCUCCAAAACCUCACAAAUGGUUGAUAGUAAUAGUGAAAAACUUGCGAAUUCCCUCUCCCUGAGUGAAAAGCCAGGCUCCGAAGGCGAGAGAGCUGAAACAGUGAGCUUGAAUAUUGAGAGUACGAAAACUUCGCCAAUGGUUGAUAAUACUAGCGGGAGUCUUGGAAGGUCCCCACCUCCGACGGUACCGGCGGUGGAGGAAAACACAGAAGGUUCUGUUGCUAGUCAGCAAAACCCAAGUCAGCGAAGCGGCCGGUCGUUCUGGGGUUUGAGCGCUGACGACGUGGAUAACCUCAACUUUAGAGCCGAAGAAAGCGCUUUUCGAACAAGAAAUGGUGGAGACCAGACAGCGGACUUGAUGAAUAUUGACGAACAUCUCGUGAAAGGAUACUUCUCGCCCAGUAAUCCUGGUGAUUCACCUCUCCAACUAAGGAGAACCCUCGAUCAAUACUUCUACACUCAUCUUGCACACAUGUCAGAAAGGAAUACUGGCGGACAAGUGAUCCAAAGGUAUACGCAGGAGCACUUCGCUGAGCCUAAGAUGUGGAUGGUAGACCAACUAUGGCUUUGGAUACUCAAUAAUGAUACCAUCAUUAGCUGCUGCCCGCAACGGUGGGAUAUCUUCUCCAGCAGCUUUUCUCACAUGACUGGAACAUUAUUCGAGCCGUUUCCCGAUCAGUCAGGACUUGAAAAUCCAACGGUUACCAGGCAUCGAAACUCGUCGCUCGUGCCUAGUUCCAUCGAGCUUGCUCAGGGCAAACCCAAGGACAAAAGCAAAAACGAAGGCAACGUCGUAUUAGGGUGGAUGGCCGGUAAGCAGUCUAAGUUAAUCCGAAAGGCAGCUAUUCAGCGGAAAGACAAGGAACGGGGCCAGUUUUUCCCUGCUGGUAGUCGUGAUCAUUUAGAGACUGUUUUUGAGCCCUACAGCCCUCGAUCAUCUUCCGAGGAAAAUCGACAACGUCGGGCAUUCCUCCGGAAAGAUCCUUUAAAUGUCCAUCAAAUGAUACUCAAGCACCUACAAAGUCGAGCACGAGACCCUAUUACAUCAGUCUAUGCACUUGCAACCUUAAUUGCGGACACUUGCAUGGAAUUAUUUGACGAGUACCGAGUUCCAGAUGAAUUCCAAUUCUUCGACUUCUUUGAGCGAUCUAUUGGCGAUGUGAUAGACCAAGAAACGCAAUGUUUUCAAAGUUUUGCGAAGAGCCUUACUAAUAAAUCUCCGCGCGAGACAGAUGCCGUAUUUAGCAUAACUAAAGAAGCCACAUUAUUGGCUGAGAUUAAAGAUAUUAGCGAUGAGCUUGGAAUAUUGAAAAUGGUUCUCCAUGACCAGCAGGAGCCCAGAGAAAUCCUCGCUCAGACCAUUGCUCGGCACAGGACGAAAGACACAAAUGUGAAAGAUAAAACCAAUGAUUCGCCGUGGGCACGGAAUACAGUUCUAGGGAGCCAUCUAUCUAGGAUUAAACUGAUGGAAAGUCUAGCAGAAAGGUCUUACCAAGCACUUUACAACCUGCUUGACCUGAAACAAAAGCAAGCCAACGUCCUAGAGGCACUGUCGUCUCGCAAACAGGCCGAAAACACUUUUGCUCAGGCUGAAGCGACCCAGAGCCUCACAGAAGAGAGCCUAAAAUUGGCCCAGUAUACCCAUGAUCAAUCGCGUGAAGCUACAAGACAAGGCAGGACAGUUUUACUCUUCACAGUGGUAACAAUUAUAUUUCUUCCGUUAUCGUUCAUCUCUGCUUUCUUUGCAAUCAACAUUGACGUAUUUCCGUGGACCAGCAGUGGACGGCUUCCCCUGGACUACAUCCUAAAAUACUUGUUCGGCAUAUCGAGUGCUGUAUCUAUACCCUUCAUUCUCAUCGCAUUCAAUCAGGAUAGGAUUGCGCAAUGGUUAAAAUACGCUCGAGGCUUAGCCGCCGCGGGCUGGGCAUUCCUUCUAGCGGCUAUGGUGGCAAUCCUUGCAGUCAUCUGGACACAAAGUUUAGCGACAGGUAUAAAGGCUGCUGUGACAAUUGUUAUCAUUUGCGCCAUUUUGGUGGCUCUCAUUGUUUACACUUGGCAUCGGCUCUUUGGUUCAAUGCUAAAUUUUACAUCCUCUUCUGAUGUGUCAUCGCGAAGUUUAUUGUCAAAAGGUAAGUACUUCAACUAG